AUGCUCACCCUCCCGUGCUUCACCACUCCUCCUCAACCUCCACCGACCCGGCCGGUCCGGUCCGGUCCGGUCCCGGCUCCGGAAGUCUCCAGAACCCGGACAACCACCGCCACGCGGGCCCGCAUGGCAGGGUCACGUCCCUCACGCGCCGCUACCUCCGGCGAGACCUGCUCGCACCACCCCCUCAUAAAUACUGGUGCGCCCAAGCCUCGCCGCAGAUCGACCGCGCUCGCCCUCUCCGCUUUCCUGCUGCUGGUGCUGUUAACCGGACUCCCCGACGCCGCCGUCGCCGCCAACAUGACCGAGGUCUGCGUCAAGGCCGCCGUCGGCCACCCCGACACGCUCGGCGACUGUCCCUUCUCCCAGAGGGUGCUGCUCACGCUGGAGGAGAAGAAGGUGCCCUACCAGAUGAAGCUCAUCGACGUCAGCAACAAGCCCGACUGGUUCCUGAAGAUCAAUCCAGAGGGCAAGGUGCCUGUGUAUAACGGUGGUGAUGGCAAAUGGAUUGCUGAUUCUGAUGUGAUCACUCAAGUCAUUGAGGAGAAGUACCCAACUCCAUCACUUGUGACCCCUGCUGAAUAUGCAUCAGUGGGAUCAAAGAUCUUCUCCACCUUUGUCACGUUCUUGAAGAGCAAGGAUGCCAGCGAUGGUUCGGAGAAGGCACUUGUUGAUGAGCUGCAGGCGCUCGAAGAGCACCUGAAGGCCCAUGGACCCUACAUCAAUGGGGCGAACAUCUCCGCUGUCGAUCUCAGCCUGGCUCCGAAGCUCUACCAUCUCCAGGUCGCCCUGGAGCACUUCAAGGGCUGGAAGGUCCCUGAAACCCUGACCAGCGUCCAUGCCUACACCGAGGCUCUCUUCAGCCGCGAGUCGUUCGUGAAGACCAAGGCGACCAAGGAGAACCUGAUCGCCGGGUGGGCGCCGAAAGUGAACCCGUAA